AUGUCUACGCUAAGCCCAUCCACUACCCACCAGGAAUCCGUUUCCACGUACCUCCUUUAUAACCGAUGGGCCGCAACUUACGACACAGACCAAAACCCUCUACAAAUUCUUGACUCUGCCCUCAUUCCUUCACUAUUGGAGACGUUGUUUUUAAUCCCAUCAGAAGCUCAAGAUAACAUCACCAUCACCGAGUUAGGAUGUGGCACUGGCCGGAAUACUAUCCGGUUCUUUGCACCACCUUUCUCCAAAAAGAUCUCUAAAAUCCACGCUCUUGAUCUCUCGCCCGCAAUGCUUGAGAUUGCCCGGUCCUGUUGCAGCCUUUGCGUUUCGGAAAACGCUAGCCAUGUCCCCAUCAUCCAAUUCGACGAGUUCAAUGCCCUUAAUGUUCAAUCUAAUCCCGAAGUUUCGAAAUUGGUCCAAGGACAAGCGAACAUGGUGAUUAGUACUCUCGUCCUUGAACAUCUUCCCCUUGGUGCGUUUUUCUCGGCUGUGACCUUCCUGCUGAAACCAGAUUCGGAUGUGAACAGCGGAAAAGUAUUGAUCACCAAUAUGCACGCUGAGAUGGGUAGGUUGUCUCAGGCCGGGUUUAAAGACGAAAUUGAAGGAAAGAAGACGAAAGUUAGAGGCGAAAGUUAUAUCUAUGAGGUUGAAGAAGUGGUAGAGGAGGGCAAGAAAUGGGGAUUUCAUGUCGUGGGGGAGGUGUCGGAACGGACAGUGGAAGAAAACGAUAUCGAGGACGGCAGUGGAUUAGAACUAGGAAUUAGGGGGGCAAAAUGGGUAGGAAAGAAGAUGUGGUUCGGAAUGGUGAUGCAAAGGAAACACAAACAAAACGAUUUAACACCGAAAAUCAAAGCGUUACUCACAUAG